AUGAGUCUCCACAGUUUCCACAAAUAUACCCUAAAAUUCAUCUUCAUUUCCCUCAUUCUCUUUGCUUCUUCUUCUUUCUUCACUCCUUCCAUUUUCAUGGCUCAAGGAAGAACCAUUUCCAAUCUCAAUGAAGUUGCAAAGAAUGGUGUGGAAGAACAUGAACCAAUUAUAGUAGAAAAAUUUCAAAUAGGGUCAAGGCCUCCAAAGUGUGAAAAAAGAUGCAAAAGCAAGAGCUGUAUCCAAUGUGAAGCAGUUCAAGUACCUAUUGUACCAUCCAAAGCUCAAAUCCAUAGAAGCCAUUAUUAUUCAGCAGCUUAUUCAUCAAGAGGGGAUGGUCUCUCAAACUACAAACCUAUAAGCUGGAAGUGCAAAUGUGGGGACAACUUUUUCAACCCUUAG